GUGUGGCGCGACCCCCAGUGACUCUCGAGACCGGUGAGCGGUGGGACAGCUGUGCGUGACCAUCCCGUGAGUCAACAUUGACCUCCUCACAUCGGCUUCGUUGCCCUGCUCUCCUGAACAUGACCUGAGAGAGAGAUCCAAACCAGUGGAUGAAGAACGAUGCCAAGGAUAUCCCCAGGUGGUGGAGGGGUGUCUCGGGUGGGGCCUGUGGCAGGAGGAACUUCCCACAGUUGGAAGGAAGUACAUCAGAGGGUAAGGGAGUUGCGGCGCACUUUCCUUCACCUCUCUGUGAAGACGCCAACCGAUGUGACCUUCCGACGGGUUGGACCAUCUAUGCUGCGGUGCUACUUCCUCCUUUCACCUGGCCAGGGAAGAGAAUCAACUCUGUUCUAUGCAGAUAUAAACCUUGAAGCUGUAAGUAACAAGCAGGCUUGGGGCAGCAGGAUAGUAUACCAGGAAGUACUGGAUUCAUUCCAGUCCUUCCUUUGGAGGAACAUGUCCCGUGAGGAGCUGCUGCUAAGUGAAAGAAGGCGCAUUUCUACCUGGGGCAUCACAAACUAUGAGCUCCAUCCUCCAUCUGGCACCCUGGUUUUCCCUGCCUCCUCCACUAUCUUCCAGUGUGUACACCCUGAAAGGCCGAAUGGUCCUGUGAGUCCACGGGAACUUCCCAGCUGCCAGGUUUGCCUCAGCCCGCAGAUAUGUCCAGCCAACCCAAACCUCAUUGCUUUUGCUGCACGAUAUGAUAUUUACCUGUACAAUACUAAAACAGGAGAGGAGAAGAGAGUGACACAUGUACACAGUGGAAGUGGGCGGCUGGAGUAUGAUCCCAAGAGUGCUGGCAUGCCCUCUUAUGUGAUGCAGGAGGAGUUCUCACGUUAUCAAGGAUUUUGGUGGCAGCCUGUGUCCUCUGAUGGAGUAUAUCGGCUGCUAUAUGAAGAGGUGGAUGAAAGUGAAGUGCCGAUUGUCCAGUUCAUCCCCCCAGAUGACUCAGCUGGCAUGUUAGAUGAAUUUAGAUUCCCUCGCGCUGGCCUGGCCAAUGCAGAAUCCACCUUACGACUCCUUGAAGUAGAGAUAGGAACUGCUGGGGAACUUUGUGUCACCACACGCCAUCUACGUCACGAUCUCAAGCAACUAGCACCAUGGCACGAGUACUUGGUACGGGUUGGAUGGGUACCUAAUGGGCAACAGAUAUGGUGUCAGUUGUUGGACAGGAGACAACAGAAGUUGGAGCUUAUUCUGCUCUCCUUGUCUUCUUUCACGGGGAUCAACUCAUCUCCCUCCACCUCUACUACCAAUAGUGCCACUACAAUCUCCACAACUACUAUGACCACUACCACCUCUACUACAACUACCACUGCAACCACCCAAUCAGCUCCUCACAUGGCCCCUCAUCUGAUGAUUUCUCAACACUCCAAUACAUGGAUUGAUGUGCACAACUUAUUGUAUUGGUGGACAAGCCAAAGUGAUCCCACCCAGCGUAUGGUAGUCUGGGCCAGUGAAGAGUCUGGAUUCCGUCAUCUCUACCUCCUCCUUUACCAGCUAUCAUCAGAUGACCCACCACCUCCUGAGGACCAGGGUCUGGUCACUGCACAGCUCAUUCAGAAGAUUCCUUUGACAAGUGGUGAAUGGUCUGUAACAGGAACAGGGCUGUGGGUGGAUGAGGGGCGGGGAUUAGUGUACUUCACUGGACUGCGGGACUCUCCUUUGGAGAACCACUUAUAUGUUACUUCCAUUUCACAUCCUGGCAUAAUCCAGCGUCUCACCCAGUCUGGGUUCUCCCACCAGGUGGCACUUGACCAGGACUGCACUGUGUUCACCACAGUGUACAGCAGUGUUGAGAUGCCUUCCCAGAGCCAGGUGUUUCGCAUCACACCUCUGGACACACCAAAUGGCAGUGGGCAGCUGGUGUGGGUCAUUGCCUUGGGAGACCUGGUCAAUGAACCAUUGUCUGAAGGAUUGCGGGAGAUCAAGUCACUAGUGGUACCCGAGGUGUUCACCACCAGGAUAGCCAGUGGGGAUGUGGUUUACUCCAUGGUAUUUAAGCCUCAUGGAUUCACUCCAGGCCGCAAGUACCCCACAGUACUGUGCAUCUAUGGGGGACCCCAGGUGCAGCUUGUCACUAACACUUUUAAGGGCUUCCGCCACAUGAGAACACACAUGCUUGCAGCAAAUGGGUUUUGUGUAGUGAGCAUCGACUCUCGAGGAUCUGACAACCGUGGUGUCUCCUUCCAAGCCCAUCUCAUGAAUCGAAUGGGGACAGUGGAAAUUGAUGACCAGGUUGAAGUACUGGAGCUGCUUGCUGGACAGUGUGAAUACUUGGACUUAACUCGCCUAGCUGUCACAGGUUGGUCUUAUGGAGGAUACUUGUCCCUCAUGGCUCUGGCUCAUCGUCCAGAUCUCUUCAGGUUGGCAAUUGCUGGGGCUCCUGUGGUAUCUUGGGGCUUGUAUGAUACUGGUUACACGGAACGCUAUAUGGAUCUACCGAGUGUCAACCGAGAUGGGUAUCGUGCCGGCUCUGUUCUCUCCUAUGUCAACAACUUGCCUGAUGAGGAGAACCGUCUUCUCAUUGUGCAGGGAAUGAUAGAUGAAAAUGUGCACUUUUCCCACACCAACCAACUGAUUCAGGCCCUCAUCAAAGCUGGGAAGCCUUACCAGCUGCAGAUAUAUCCUCAGGAGCGCCACUGUCUGCGUCAGCUAGAUUCCAAUGAGCACUACGAGACAAAACUGCUGUCCUUCCUCCUCAAUCACCUAUGAUGGAGAUGGAACCUAGCCCAGCUUUAUGUGUGUGUAUAUGUGUGUGUGCACAUGUGUGUAUGUGUGUGUAUUUUGCCUUGUCUUGCCUUGCUUUACCUUGCUCUACUUUGCCCAACCCUACCCUAUCUUGGUCAGAUCCUCAGAAGUAUCUGGUGAUUUAAUAGAGACUGCAGCAAUACUAUGCCAAGUGAUUUAAAACAGUUUGUAAUUUUUUUAACUGCACAUUGAGUAGUGAUUGUGAUAAUUUUGUGAUGUUUUUACUGGACACAUGCUGACAGUGGACCAUUGAAUAUGAAGAAUGUGGUCACUGUUAUUAUAAUGAAAACAAAGAAAGGGUCACUGUGUGAUGACUUUAGAAUUGGUGAAGUUUGGUAGGAAGAUGGAAAUUUUAAUAUUGGCCUUGAUUUGUAAGACCAAAAUUUAGAAUUUUAUAGGAAUGCAAUCUAUGUAAUUUUUUCAGUCAUUCCUUUAUUAUUUUUUUUAGUCAGCUGCAGAGUUGUUACAAUUAGCUGUCAUUAUGGGUGCUUUUUAGUAUGAAAAAUAAUUGAUUAUUCAAAUUAUUAAACAAAAACUGUCACUUUAUGGUAUAUUGUGUGUGUGUGUGUGUGUGUGUGUGUGUGUGUGUGUGUGUGUGUAUGCGUGUGUGCGUGCGUGUGUGCGUGCAUGCGUGCGUACGUGUGUGCGUGAGUAUAACAGUCUUGAGUUGCCUCUGGAAUCAUGCACUGUUUGGCAAUAGACAUAAACUGUAAGUUUGCAAUAGAUUUUACAUGUGUAUAAAUCCUUUCCUUUCUGUCAGUGAAAAAUUCAAAUUAUAAAAGAGAUAUUCUAUAAACUUAUGUAAAAUCAGAAUUUUAUGACAUUUAAAUGAAACAUUUGAGGCUGGAUUUAAACAGGAAGGCUUCACAUAAAUCCUGCAUGUAUGAGGCCUCUCUAAGCUGACAUCACAUGUACAGUAUAUAACAAUGAAGUAAAUGAGUUUUCCAAAAGUAUGAUAACCAUUUAUUGCUACAAAGGAGGAGAAUUUUAUCUUCAUUAAAUCUACAGCUGUGUGUCACAAACAAAGGUU